GUUCGUGACUCUCCGAGAACUCCUUGCCAAGUUCUGCAGAUCUCGGCCUGGCAGCUCUCCAAGCCGGAUGAAGUCUGUGACUUUAAAUCCUCUCUCGAAAGACUUUGCUGGAAGUUGAAGGAGCAAAAUUAAUCACAGUCAAUUAAUAAAAGGGUUUUUUGUCAGGACAAGGAGUUGGCUUCAUGCUCUCGGGAAGCCUCGGUCAGAACACUUAACAUAUCUGUGCAUAGGACAAAAAGUAAGCAUGACCUUGAUGGGUUUUAGGAGAGAGGGUGGCUGUCCCCAUUUGCACUGAUGCUCUUCCGAAAACGCUCUUGACUUGAGACGUCGAGCCAAAGCCAAAGCUCUUCUGGUUUUGGACUUGACGUCUUAUGCUAACUGGGCGCCAACUGUGGUUCCUUCAAAUGAUGUCUCCUCAUGCUUCCAUUGGGCUCCAAGCUGACCCCUUCCGGAUAUGCACCCAUUCCAUAUUCUCCUUUCCUUCUUUCCAUGAAAGGAUUGAAGAAGGAGGCAAAAGGAAGUGUGGUCAAUAUUGGCCCCUGGAGAAAGACUUCCAGAUCGGCUAUGGAACCUUAACGGUUACCAACCUUGGAACGGAGAACCUCAACCAUUACAAGAAGACACUCCUGGAGAUGUUUAGCUGCGAG